GGGUCACACAGCGGGCGGAGGGCAGGGCCAGGCUUGGAACGGGACCGCGUGGUUCCAGGGUCCGUGCUUUUUGCCGCAGCCGACCCGGUGGACCUGUGCGGCCGGACGUGGCAGGGGGACGGGCUGCUGCUGCGCUCGCACUCCGCGUCGCGCCGCUUCUACUUCGUGGCCCCGGACACCGACUGCAGGCUCUGGAUGCGGGCAGCAGCCUCCGGCGACAGGAUCCGCUUCCAGUUCCGCUUCUUCCUGGUCUACGGCCUGAGCCCGGCGGCGCCCAACGCCUCUUCCCCGGCGCCGGCGCCGGAGGACCCCUGCGCCCCCGAGUCCUACCUGCAGUUCUACGAGGGCCCGCCGGGGGCGCCACGGCUCUUGGGGGCCCGGUUCUGCGGCCUGACCAUCCCUGGGCCGGUGGCGUCCUCCCGGGACUUCCUGGGCCUGCGCCUGGUCACCAGAGGCCGCCAGCCCCGCGUGGACUUCGUGGGCGAAAUCUCCUCUUUCUGGUUGGGAUCCUGUUGUGCCUACUUCCGACGUCAGAACAGCAGGUGCAUUCCCCCGAGGCUGGUGUGCGAUCCCUGGGGCAUGGACAACUGUGGCGACGGCAGUGACCAGGCUUCGUGGCCAGCAGCUAACUGCAGAGGUCCCUAUCCGGUGCCCAGCCAGGAAGGGAGUACGGAUGAUGGUACCUCCGGGUCCCUGACUCUUCCCCCAGCUCUCGGGUCUGCGGGCCCCCUGCGGAUUGCAGCUGAGAGGAGCCCCCCAGCACGCCGGGACCCUGCACGACAGGAUGCAGCUCCGGAAGGUAGAUGGCUCUUGGUUAUCACCCGCUGCCGUUCCUCCCGCCGAGAUCACACUUGGCCCUCUCCAGUGAUGGGUGGGGGCAGCUGGCCCAGGCUGAGGCCUGAGUGGACUCUUUCUUUCUACAGGCCUCCAGCUGCGGGGGGUGGCGCUGGCCUCCUCGCUGUUCCUAGCCUCUGCUGGCCUCCUCAUGGGCCUCCUCUGGUGCUGCUGCUCCUCCAGCCGGCUGGCUUGGUGGGCUGGUGGUGUGCACCAUCUGUUACACGUGUCCUGGCCAGGUGGCCCCUGGGGGCCUGCGGCUGAGUGAGCCAGGUCAGGGGGGGUCAUCCUUAGAGAGGCUGUGGGCAUCAGAGGAAGGAGAGUGGGCUCUGGGGUCAGACAGUCCCUGGGUUCUGCCCCCACCCCCCACAGGGCUGUCUAACCUUGGGCAGAUCAUAUAACCCUCCGAGACUCAGUCUGCUCCUCUGGAAAAUGGGAUGAUUCCUGCCUCACAGGGUCAUGGUGAAGGCCACAGGAGGCAGCUGACCCUGCAACUUGCAUGGUGACUGGCACUCUGCUGGAUCAGUGAAGGGCAGGGAGUAGGGGCCUCGCUCACCUGAAGCUG